AUGGAGGAAAACUCAGAAGAGAAGAACAACAACGUAGAAAGUGACGAUUACCCGGAGGAGCACAACGAGUUAGCUAUAGCUGGCUUUGCACUUAUUCAAUGCAAGUACUCGAAAACAGAAAUUGACUUCCAAACGAGCGAGACUCAUGGUGGGUUCCUUCCACUGCUUCCGGUGUCUAAAGAAUUCAUCGAGGCUUUAUCAUUGGAUGAAGAGUUCGUGUUGAACUUAAAAGUGCCCGAACACGGGAUGCCAAUUGACGGACUUGUGCAUCCAGAGUUCCCACAGGUGAAGAAUAUACGAGACCAAAUUGGGAAGUUUGGUGCGCCAUUUGAGAAGCAACUGACGGUGAGCGAUGUGAAGGAAGACCAAAGCAGGCUAACCAUAACCAAAGACUUGGUCGCAGAGUUCAUUGACCCGAUGAUGGACAACAAGGAAAAAGAACUCUCAAGAAAAGUUGAUGGAAUUCCGGUGUUGGUUUACGAUUCCGAAGGAAACCAGUAUGAGACGAAGUUCAAGAUGUGGAGUGGAAAGAGCCAGGUUCUUACUUCAGGGUGGAAAGCUCUCUGCAUUGCUAAUAAGUUCAUGGCACAUGAGGAUUGGAUCACCAUAUGGGCUUGCCGCCACAAGAAGACUCAGAAGCUUUGCUUUGUUAUAUUGGCAAGAAGGUUUCCUAAAAUCAAGCAAUUGGUGCCAAAAAAAUCGGGAAACAAGAGCGAGAAUGCAUCUUCCAUCCCGGAGAACAGAAAAAUAAAGCAUACAGAUUGA